AUCAACCGCUAGGUGUCUCUUUGGCAAGUGAACAGUAAUGAUAUCCAGCUACAUAUAUCAAUAAUCUCAUUGCUAGUUCAUCAUCCAUCGAUCGAGGCUUGUUCGAGGUAUUUAAUGAUCAUUUGGAACUGAAGAAUAACCUGUGGUCCUGAGAUUCAAGACUUUUGAACGGGGUAUUUAAUUCUCUCUCACUUUUGUGGAAGUAAAGAUGGCCGAUGAUCACCACAAUAUAUCCGUCCAGCUGAGUGAAGAACGGCUGACUGAGUUGGUGGACUUUGCUAAAGAUUAUGCUGUUGGACAUGGAGUAAUCAUGAGAUUACAAGACCAACAAGACGAACCGGAGAAAGUGACCAUACCACCAAUGACUUUAUUGCCUUCACCAAUCAAACGCACAUUGUUCAACUUUGGUAAACAGAUUCAAACAGACUAUAAUCUGUUAUAUCACAGGGUUGCACAUGAUUAUGACUUUCUCAAAGAUGCUUUUGGGAAAAUUAGAGAAACUGAUGACUUUAUUCGAAGACUUUUUGAACUUUACCAAAUUGUUUUAGACGAGGGGGGUAUGCCUUCUAUAUGCUUGGAAAUAAGUCGUUCAGAUUAUAUGGUUGAUAGAAGAAAGGAGGAUGGACCGGGUAUGAUAAAGCAGAUAGAAUACAAUACUAUAGCGUGUUCAAUGGCGGGUCUGGCCACAGCAGCCUAUGACUGUCACAAGUUCCUUUUGGAAAAGUUAGGUAGAAGUGGCCUGGCGACACAUCUGCCAGUGAACACAGCAAAUGAUGGUCUGGCUGAGGGUAUGGUGUCUGCUUGGGAGCUAUAUAAUGCUGAAGAAUCUGUGAUAUUGUUUUUGGUAGAACCUUUUGUUUAUAAUAUUUAUGACGUGCAGCAAGUAGAGACAGCAAUCAAGAAGGUGAAUGAGAAGGUGCAAGUUGUCCUCGCAACAUUUUUAGAAGUCAACGAAAAGGCAACCCUGACAGAAGAUAAGAGACUUAUUUUAAAUGGACAAGAAGUUGCUGUGGUGUAUUACAGAACUGGUUAUGUCCCACAAAAUUAUUGCACUGAAAAGGAGUGGAAUGCAAAGACGAUGAUGGAACGCUCCAAAGCUGUCAAAUGUCCAGCUGUUAAUUAUCAGCUGGCGGGCAUGAAGAAGAUUCAACAAGUGCUGUGUGAGCCUGGCAUGGUGGAGAAGUUCAUUGAAGAUCCUGACGCUGCGUCUGAUGUCCGGGAGACGUUUGCUUAUCAGUAUUCAUUAGAUGGCCCAGAAGGGGACAGUGCCAUACAACUUGCCAUGGAAAGUCCGGAAAAGUAUGUGUUAAAGCCCCAGAGAGAAGGAGGUGGUCAUAACAUCUACAGUGAUGAUAUUCCUAAACUUCUCGACAAGAUCAAAGACACAGAGGAGAGAAAUAACUACAUUCUAAUGGAGUUGAUCCAUCCAUUAGAAAAUCACAACUAUAUCAUGAAAGCAAAUGCUCUCGCGUAUUCUGGUGAUGUUAUAAGUGAACUUGGAAUAUUUGGAGUUUUGAUAAGUUCCGGUGAUACAAUACUGAGGAACAACACCGUGGGGCAUCUCCUUCGAACGAAACCAGUUGGUAUAUCGGAAGGGGGAAUCGCUUCAGGAGCUGCUGGACUGGACUCGCCUUAUCUUGUUUGAACUGGAUUCAUGGGACGCUUCUUUAACAGGGUCUACCCUUUAUGCCUCAUCUAGAUGCAGGUUUGGGAAUGUUCUAUCGAACCUACAUAUGUACAGUCAAAGAUCUACGCCAUUCUGUAAAAAAUAUGAAAUUUGAAAAUGACUGUUGAAUAUGAAUUCAAUGUGACUUUGCUGUUUUAUACAACAUUCGUAUCCUCUGAUCUUUACAGGGGAACUUUUAUUAUGUUGAUAUGUCUGCUUACUCUAAAGCAGCAGUGUUGAUUUGUAUUUACUUGUGGCACAGACAGAAUCAAUCUACAAUGUACGAACAGCAUAUUUCUUUUCAUGCCGAUCUGCCGGGUGCUGUGCAGGGACUUUAUGACUGAUGCUCACCGCCGGUAAGUCAGCAUGAUGGCUUUUAGGUGUGACAAUAUGCACCAACAUAAUUAUGCUUCCAAGAGUUUAAUCUGUUGACAUGGUUUGCGGCAAUCGAAAGGGAGUAGUCAGAAACUCAAAAUCGAUGUUGAUCUCUGUAAUUUGAAAUCGUGAAGAAUUAUGUAGGAUUGAGCUGACCUACCUAUGUGACCUAUUGACCUACUUAAAUACCAUCAGAGCUGCAUGUAAGGUACAUGUAAUGUUUUGUAUCUAACUUUGAGCUUAUAAAGUGUAGGGUUGAGCUGACCCGCUGACCUCCCUGAAGGCUGUUAGCCCCGAGUCCAUCAUGUUAAAGCCUCUCAAGAGAAGCACUCAGAUUUUAUGAAUUUCUCACUUUUACCUUUUAACCCAUGUACCCAUGUACGGUAUUUCAGUCGAGUGCCAGGUGCUUGGACCUCUGAAAAUAAUAAUGGGAACUAAAUAGCCAAAGAAUGUAUGUGUGCUUCUACUGUAUAUUAUCAUGUGCAUUUUCAUUUGAAUAUACACAUUGUAAGUGGAUGUCCUAAUAAAUAGAUGUUCGCCUAAAUGGUAGUUUUAUUUUAGUGUAUAUAGGUUUGAAACCGAAUGGGAUUGUUUCUGAAAGGGCAAGGGGUGAUCGUGCUCA